UCAACAAAACUAAUUUUCCGCUUUGUAAUAGAACAAUUCUUAAUCGAUCUUGAAAAAUAGUUUAUUUAUUAGUAAACUUUGACUUUUCAGAAUAGAGAAAAUUUUCACCGGUUUUGGUUUUGGGUUUUCUGACAUCUCUGCAUGACCUAGAUAUUUUCACGCGUUGUUACACAUGAAAGAACCAUGGAGUUUCAGGGUCUGAUGGCAGAUAAUACUCCAAGCCGUCACGAAAAAAGCCUUGGACUGCUGACUACCAAAUUUGUUUCUUUGCUACAAGAAGCAAAAGAUGGAGUGCUUGAUCUCAAAGUUGCAGCAGACCAAUUAGCAGUCAGACAAAAGAGAAGAAUUUAUGACAUAACAAAUGUGUUAGAGGGUAUUGGUCUGAUUGAAAAGAAAUCUAAAAAUAGCAUUCAGUGGAAAGGAGCAUGUCCAGGGUACCCUACAGAUACAUCAGUAUCCUGUGAAAAUCAGUCAACUGGAACAGAAGUAUCAGAAAGACUACUGACCUUGAAGAAUGAAAUCAGUGAUUUAGACAGACAGGAAAAAGAAUUAGACCAACACAAAUUAUGGGUUCAACAAAGUAUAAAAAAUGUUACAGAUGAAGUCACAAAUACUCGAUUAGCCUAUGUAACACAUGAAGAUAUUUGUCGGUGCUUUAAAGGUGAUACAUUACUGGCUAUACAUGCUCCCUCUGGUACACAACUAGAAGUUCCUAUUCCAGAGUUGGGUUUGAAUUAUAAAAAGAAUUAUCAGAUACAUCUCAAAAGUACGUCGGGUGCCAUAAAUGUUCUGUUAGUAAAUAAAGACACAGAGGAAACCAGUCCUGUGGUUGUACAGGUACCCCCUCCUCAGGAAGAUCCACAAAAUCAAAAUGUUGAUCCUGAUCCUAAAAAUACAAAUAAACAGGGAAAGAAUGUGUGUUCACCCAUGAAAUCUCCAUUGCGGCAGUCUCAGCCAGCAGCAGACUUUGAUACGUCCAGAAUGGCCACUAGAUCAUCGCCAAGGAAAACACAACCACAGCCAUCAACAUCAUCUGCACUUCCAUUUUCUACAUCCAACUUGCUAGAUCCCAAUGACCUGUUCGACCCCUCCAGAGCAGAUCUAGAUGGUAUGGAUGGUGACCUGAUAGAAGAGUUAAUGUCAUCAGAAGCAUUUGCACCACUUCUGCGAUUGAGUCCACCCCCAAGUGAUAAAGAUUAUUAUUUCAAUUUAGACGAUUCUGAAGGAGCAUGUGAUCUGUUUGAUGUGCCUUUAUUAACCAUGUGAUAAUUAGAACUACCUCAUUACGUGUAGAUUUAGUGCUAUUAUAUUAUAUACCACUGCUAAAAAUUAGAACCUCAUUAAUGCUAUUAAAUAAGGGUGUGUGUUUUAAUGUACGGAAAAUGUGAUCAGUGAAGUAUUAAGGAGGUUUUAUAUUUUAUAAGUGGUAAAUUCUUAAAUGCAGACAGUUACCAGGAUUUGAAAUAUGUUUUUGAACAAACUCAUACAACUUCACCUAUCAUUUGACAAACAAAAGCAAAUGAAUAUUUUGAAACUCACAUAUGAUAUUUUUAUAACAAUACUUGAGCCCUGAAAUAGGAUAAAUAUGUAUUGAUCAUUGGUUACAUGCAUAAGAGUCGGGACCAACUUUCAUAUUUUCUUCCUGACAUGCACUGUAGUCGGGAUGGCAACUUUGGAUAUAGAAAUGUAACCAUUUAUCUUGUAAACACAAAAGGCUACUCAUACAUUUCUGGACAUCAGUUUAUAAUCAAUACUAGUACAAUAGAUCUUUAAAUGUACAGUUUUGAUUUAUUCUAUAUUAUUUUCAAUAAUUUGUAUACAACUUUCAUGAUUUAGAACUUGUCUUUAUCUGUUUAAUUAUGCCAGACGUUGUUGUCCUUUAAUAUGGGAAAUGAUUUGUCUUGAGUGAAUUUCUUAAUAUGCCAAAGAACUACAGAUUUUAUAAUUUGUCUAGGAUGUUUGAGGAUUCGAUUUCAACAGUUAUAACAAUAACAAUUGAUGUUAACCUGACUUAGAAUGAGAAUAUUAAGUGCCAUACUUGAGCUGUAAUGUAGAGUAAUAAGAAAGAAAAAAAUCGUUAGAUUUGACAGGGGCAAACAUAAAGACCUACAUUAAAAUUAUAGUAAGUUUUCACAUUGAAUCAAGUUAAGAGAUAUUUCAUGCUGUGAUAAUGUAACUAGAGGCUUUCAUUUAAAUUAAGUACAAAAGAGUCCAAUAUUUACAGAAAUUUUUAUUCAAGCAUUUAUUCAUAGUUCAUUUGCAUUUUAUAUCCACUUUGUGUUUGAGUAUUUGCAUUUGUGUUUGGUAAAUAUUGUGUUCAGUCACAUGAUGUAGACAGCAUUAAACCUUCAUUUCAACAUUUAUUUCAUUUUAACUUUGUUUUGAUUCUUAACACGUAAAUUUUUGUAUGGUGUCAUAUUUGGAAGGGUUUGCUUAGUUUUGUUUUCAUUUUACAAUUUUUCCAUAGGAGACUGGGAUUUGAUAUAUUUAUUGUUCAGUAAUAAUUUGAUGUGUAUGGAAUUUCAUCUCACUAUGGUGAUAAUCGUGAUUUAUAAAUAACAAGAUGUAAAUAUUCAUAUUUAUAAAACUAGUGAAGUUUGUGUUUUAUGUUUAUUUUUGAUUUUAAUGUGUUCAAAAUUAAUCCAAAUAGAUAAUAAUUGUUCUUUGGAACUUAUAAGUGAAUAAUUAUGCUGUGAUUUGAAUAUAAAUAGUAUACAAAAACGUCCAUUUUUCGAGUGCUGCAAAAAAGAUCAAGACCCAACAGACACUUGAAAUGAUGUCAUGAUUUAGAUGUAUAUUUUCUUUCUGUAUCAAAUUUAUCACUACAGAAUAUAGCUUUUGUAUGAUAUGCUCUUUUUUUCUGACAAGCAUUUAAAAUGAAAACUGUAAUAGUCUUUCUAAUAAAUGUUUAUUUUAUCUUUAUGCUAAGGCAAAAUGAAUUUAUUAAAGGUAGAUUCUAAUUUCUCACAUAUGAAUGAAAAUUUGUUAGCCAGAUAAGUAAUGUCUCAUCUUUUCAAAUUUCAUUUUUCUUUUAUUAUUAUUAUUUUUAUGAUAAAGAGAGGCCAAAUAUUUCUUGUUAUAACAGAGAUGAUUUCAAAAAUUAUUUUCCAUUUGAAAAAACAUAUUAAAGAGAGAUUCACUUUAGCAGUCACAAUUAUUUUUACAAAAGAAAGAAAAUUGUUUUGUCUUGAUUUCUUUAAUGACUGAAAAAAAAGUUUAAAUGGUCUCCCCUGAAAAGAGAAAGUGACAAAGUUUAGACAGUAGAAGAUUGGUUGGACGUUGGUUUUCUAUUCUUUUAUUUUCGUUUUGCCUUAUCAUGACUUUCCUCACUAUCUUCAAUAAUAGUUGUUAGAAAUAUAUGUUGACGCCCACCUGUGUACAUUAGACCACACCCACCUGUUGGUUUGUUUGUUAUAUUAUGUUUACUGUUAUAUAUGUAAAUACAAGAUGUAAACUAAUUGUUACUUACUUGAAAAACUUGAUGUAUAAAUUAUGUUUUUUUUCCAAUGCAUAAGCAAACUUAUGUAUCGUUGGAACUUUUUAUAAAAGUUCAAUAUGUUACACUUUCCAAAAAUUAUCUUAUAAUAUACAUUGCCAAUGUUCUAACUUAGUGCUGAUGCAAAUCUCUUUUUGUGAUCACAUUAAUGCUUACAUGAAAAUUGUAGGGCAUUGUAAACAGGGUUCAUGUAUUGAGUUGUCAAUGUAACGAAAUAAGUAGCAAAACUAACUUGAAAAAAAAAAUGGCCGGUCAAUCAAAUACUGUAAAUUCAGAAAUUAUUGCGAGGUUUUUAUUAUUGCGAAUAAUGCGACAGAGUUGUAAACUCAAUAAUUAAAACUCGCACUUUGUAAUAUUUUAACUGAAUUAAUCAUGACUUUUCUCAAAAUCAUAAAAAUUAAAAUCGCAUUCAAGUUUAAAAAUGACAAAAUCGCAAUAAUAAGUGCACGCAAUAAUUUCUGAAUUUACAGUACUAGAUUCAGAACAUAAAACACCUGUUAAUCCAUUUUAACGUAAGCUUUAUGAACAAUUAUACAAUUAUGAACUAUUCAUUCUGUUAUAGGUCAAUCAAUAUUUGUUUUCAUGCUUUUCUUCGGAAAGUGUGUUUAUUUAGAAAAAAAAAUGCCUUUUAGAGUGUUAUCUGUUGAGUUAGAAAGGCUAUGCUUUAUUCACUUAUAAGGAAUUAGUCUGAGAUUAGUACUAUAGGAACCAUACUCAUAGUUUAAAAUGACCAUACUUUUACAUUGAAACGAUUUUAUGUUUAUGUAAAUGCUGCUGCAAAUUAGACUACUCAAAUGCUAUAUCAUCUUGGUUUAUAAAUAAUAGAACUUAUAACUUAGUAUAAAUUUGUUAACUGCCUUUACACACAUGUAUAUGGAGAUUUCAAAAAUUAAUUUGUUCCCUGUACCCUUCUUUGCUACACUUUCAGAGUGUUAAAAUGUCCAUAUCAUGCUGAAUAGACAUAAAGGUCUGUAAAAACCUUAACUUCAAUUUUUUUCGGGGUAGAUAUUCUAAUUAAGACAAUUGGGGUUUAAAAUUUUCUAAUUAAAGUUUAUGAGUAGGUUGCAACACAAGUAUUUAUUUUUUAGGCUUAUCAAUUUGGUGCAACAUCAAAUCAUUUUUCAUUAAAAAAAAUCAUGUUUAAACUUGUUAUGUGUUUGUAAAUCUAAAAUGAUCAAGUGUUUUAUGGUGAUAUUCACCCGUAAAGUAAUCUGAAGAAUAACUUUUCUGUGUGAAAAAAAAUAUUGAGCAAAAUUUUAAUUAUUACUAUAGUAUAGAUUGGUCAUACUUUUCUAUGUGAAAAAAAUAUUGAGCAAAAUUAUAAUUAUUACUAUAUAUAGAUUGGUCAUACUUUCUAUGUGAAAAAAAUAUUGAGCAAAAUUAUUAUUACUAUAGUAUAGAUUGGUCAUACUUUUCUAUGUGAAAAAAAUAUUGAGCAAAAUUAUAAU